GUCUGUACCGGAGAUCGACUUGGAAGUCAAGGGAGAUAAUACCAUCAACCUAGCUGAAGCAUUGAUCAACCUGGCCAAUGUGACGAUAGAUGAGGAGGAGCAGCAGAAGAAAUAUCAAGAAGCUGUUACUCUUUUGUCCGAAUUCAAGGAGCAAACUGGAGUUGAACUGCCCGAGGAAUUGGAUAAUUUCGUUGAGGAGUGGAACGCACAAUAAAAUGAUAUGGCUUUGCUGAUGGGGUCGCGAAUAGGGAAAGAUCGCCACAGCGCUGUCCAUUUUUAUAUAUUAGCUACAAACAUACUCGGUCCUUUUUUUCUUGGUUUUUGUCUUUCUACUCACACCUCGUUUCUCUUCUAUCGUAAUGGACAUGCAGAACGAAAACACGCAGCGCCAGCCACUAUUAUCUGAUUCCAAUGAUGAAGUCGAUAUACCAGAGCAGCAAUUUCCUACAUACGGCGAUAAGUUUACAGUUCGGGAAAAACUACUGGCCUUUGCCUGCUUUUUCCUGUUCAUUGGAAUGUGUCUGUUUGCCUAUCUGUUUCAAGUGCAAGGUGGUGGCCACCAUCACGGCAGCAGUAUGGAUAUGAGCACACUCGACAAAUCAUUGUGUUCUGACGACCACUGCAUCAGCACAGCAGCUCAUAUAAUUCAGUCCGUCAAUACCACAGUCAACCCCUGUGAUGACUUCCAUGCCUACACUUGUGGGAAUGAAGUCACUACUGGCCAGUUUUCAAACGAGCAUCGUGUACUGGAGUAUAUCAGACUGAAUAUACUGGAUCCUUUCAGAAGGAAAAUCAACAUGUCGGCCGAAGUCAACCAGCAGUUCAAUAAAUUGGACCAGUUUUAUGAUUCAUGUAUUCAUCGCAACGUAUCCAACUUGACCAGCUUAAAUUCUGUGCUGUAUCAGCUGGAUAGCAUCUAUAACAUAACGAGUCCUAGGCACCAGAGUUCCGAUCUAGCUGAGGCUUUGGGAUAUCUGGCCACACAUGACAUCUUUCCAUUCUUUCGGCUGGAGGUUGUUCAGAAUGUCCAAAAUGCUUCAAACUAUAUUUUAAGCAUCCAACAAGCGGGCGUUACUCUCCCAUCUAUAGCAAGUUAUCAAUCAAAUGACUCAGUUAACGAUUUUCGCCAUAAUGUCAUGAAGACUCUAUCGAUCCUUUCAGCAUACGGGGUACAUGUUGGUCAAGGCAUAGAUCUUGCUGUAUGGGCAGAUCAACUUGUUGGCAUAGAAAGUAGGUUAGCCAAUGUGAGCGAAGCUCCAGAACAGCUCUACCUCAGCAAAGCGACUGCAUUGCCUCGACCAAUUGAAGACAUCAAUUCGUUGGUUCCUUCCAUGGAUUGGCAAAAGUAUUUUGGUGUAGCAAUCAACAACAGUCCGGAAUACGUCAGCUUAGGAACCCCCGAAUAUCUGCAAAAGCUGGAAGAAAUCCUUCUUGUCGAGAAAAGAGCAGUCAUCCAUAGUUAUCUCACGUGGCAUGUUCUGCUGACUUUUGCGAACGAAAUGCCCAUGGAAGCACGAUUUGCGAUCAGAAACAUCCAUGGAGAUAUCGUGUUUGAAGAAAACAAUUUGUGUGAAACUCAAACCGCCUCCCUGUUUAGCAGUUUGAUUGGCUCCCACUUCCCAAGUGUAGAUGAGCAGCUGAAUGAAUUGUUACAAAGCAUUUUCCAUGAUAUCAAGGUAACAUUUGCGCUAUCUUUGUCAAAAAUUGGUUGGAUGGAUCGACCGACGAUCGGGUAUGCGAUUCGAAAGCUAGAAUCCCUAAAUUUGGAGGUCGGCAAUCCCUAUGCCAGGAAUCAAACCAUGUCGCCGAACACAAGUUGGCAUACAUACUACCAAGACCUCAUCGUUACCAAUAACUAUUUGGAGAACGCUAUCAGAGCACGACAAUGGGAGUACAUGAGCAAAAUGGCGUUGUUGAACCGAACAAUCGACCAGAACACAUGGCCUAUUUCACCUCAGGACACCUUGAUUCACUACGAGCCAAUCACCAAUAAGAUCUAUCUUCCAACAGGAGUGGUAUUCUCGGACCCAUCGUCAGAGCCAGAUUACCUUAUGUAUAGCCGAAUAGGCGUACAAAUAGCUGAGCAGAUGAUAAAAGCCUGUGAUGAACUGGGGAGCCAAUUUAAUUACGAGGGUCAAAUGAAGAGCUGGUGGAGUUCAAUUACCAAAGAUGCAUAUUCGGCAAGACGGCAUUGCUUAGAGUCGGAAACCAGCAUGGCUUCACUUGCAUGGGUCUUAAGACAGCAUGCAAGUAUGCAUAUCGCACACAAAGCAUGGAGCCAGCGGCUAAAAGAUGGAACUUCCACGCGGAUACAAGAAAUCCCUGGUACAUUGGCCAACCUUGGGCCAGAAAAGAUAUUUUACAUAGCAAAUGGUUUAUUGAAUUGCCAAAAACCCGGCGCAUGGUUAAACGAUGCAGUAGCUUAUGAUCGAGCGUUCUUACGGGUUUAUCAAUGUAAACCUAGCAAAUUGUGUGCCGCAGUGUGGGCAUGAAAAUAAAAAUAGCCUGGGGUUUUGCACAAAGAAAUA